UCUGCCCGCUGUGGACGUGUAGACAAACUGUUGCGCUCCAGUCCUUCCAGCGUUCCCACCGUUCCGCCUUAUUUUCGCGUACAGAAGUGAAAGGUCGAUCGGUUUCUGAGUUUGGCCGUGUUAAAUAAACAUAGAGAAUUCUGCAGAGCAUUCAAGUCAAGAAUAACAUGUUUAUGAGGUGACGGUUGUUACAGGCGAACUUCAUAUAACGUUAUUUUAUAUACUGCCAUCGACAGGUCGGACUGUUUUGGCAGUAUCACACCAAGGUUGUCCUUCCAUUCCCGUUUUUUCCUCUCCACUAAACCGACUGAGCCGAGAUACGGUCUGUGAAGAUAAUCGAAGAUGUCGUCUAAGAUGCAAAGCUCUAAUAAUAUAGCCCAGGCCAGAAGGACUGUUCAACAGCUACGGGUAGAAGCUAACAUAGAGAGAAUAAAGGUGUCCAAAGCUUCUGCUGACCUCAUGAAUUACUGCAGCGAGCAUGCCAAGUAUGAUCCUCUUCUUAUGGGCAUCCCAGCUUCAGAAAACCCUUUUAAAGAUAGAAAGCCCUGCAACAUAUUGUAGUUGGAUGCUUGAACACUUGUUGUAUGUUUUGAUGUUCCCUUUUCUUUUUUUUUCUUCAAACAUUCAUUCGUUAUUCGCCUUAAAAUGAGCUAAACCCCAA